AUGACGAUAUUUCACGACGAAAUAGAAAUUGAAGACUUUGAUUAUGACGAUGAAGAGGAAAUGUACUAUUAUCCAUGUCCAUGUGGUGAUAGAUUUCAAAUCAGUAAGGAGGAGCUUAUGGCCGGGGAAGAGGUAGCAACAUGUCCAAGUUGUUCACUUGUCGUGAAGGUUAUUUAUGAUCUGGAAAAAUUCAAAGCUGAAGCUGAAGAAGUAUGUAAUGAGGAGGGCAAUAAAGAAGUUGUGAAGGCUUAG